AUGACUGAUGCAGCAAUAAUCAAUGGGGAUACUGCUGAAUAUUUUUCUUCUAAUCCUGCUGGUGGGGCAAAAUAUAAAAGUCCUAGAAAAACCGGUGGAAUGAAGUGGGAUAAUGACAAAGUUUACAAAUGUGUUGUUCCUGUAAUAGUAGAUGAAGUUUUUCAAACCAAAAUUACUAAAGACAUGUUGAGAAUUGCCACUGGCAGUUCUGAAAAGGCUGAAAUGAUUGCUGCUCUACAAGCAAACAAUUUGCGGAAAAAACUUAACAUGACAAUUAUGAGCAAGUGUGUUGAAGUUAUUUGUCAAAAAGACAAUUUUUCCGCCGAGUCUUAUAUUGAAAUGGAGGAAAAAGAUUUUAACAAUGCUGGUAAGUUUUUGAAAGUAUUAUUUUCUGCUGCCGAAAUGAUGAAGCAUCCAACUGAUAAAUUCAAUAAAGGUUUCAAGAAAAAGAAUGGAGAUUAUGAAAAAACUAUUUACUCUUCCGGAAAAUUAAAAAAUAUGAUAAUAGUUUUGGACACCGAAAAAAAAACUGAUUUGAGAAUGGAAGGUUCUAAAACUUAUAACUACACUUUAGUAGAUUUGCAAAGAGAAUUUAAGUCAGUUCACGAUACUAUUUUGCCAGAAGGAGUUGGAGCUUUAAUAAUGGACCACGAAAAUGAUCCUUUAACUAAAAAAGUUUCCUUACCAGGAUUUGUAGUGGGUGGCCCAAUCAGUUUUGCCAAUAUGGCGAUUAUUGUUAAUAAAGGCAAAGUUGCUACUUCUACUAAACCUAAAAAAGAUAUCUUAGUAGAUUUCGCUGAAUUAGAAGAUGAUUCCGAUAAAAUGACUAAAAAACAAAGCGAAGAAUGGAACAAUAAAGGUUUCACUUUUGAACAAGCUAAAGAAUGGUUGGGUGCCGGCUUAUUAGUUUCUGAUGCCAAACUGGCAGACUGA